AUGGCUAGAAAAGGCAGCAGUGCCGGUGAGCCGGUGAAUAGAAAGAGAAAGCAACAGGAAGAAGAUGACGAUCUUCAAGUCAGUGGAGUUUUGGACAUUGAGGAAAGCAGCGACGACGAAAAUGACCAGGAUGAGAUCGAGGUGAACCAAGACCAGAAUGAGGAAGGAGAUGACGAAAAUGACGAGGAUGAAGAAGAUGAGGAUGAAGAUGAAGAAGAAGACGAUGAGGAGGCUGAACUUAAUCGUCUUUUGGCUGAAGAAGAAGCUGAAGAUGACGACGACAGCGAAACUGACAGAAGUGAACCAGAGUCUCUCAAUGACAAACUCAGUGGAAUAAAACUCAAAACUCUCCACACACAAGAUAGAGGUGAAAUCUACACAACGUUUUCGGAUGGAAAUCCUCGUACCAUCAAGCCCGAGAUCGAGCCCGUCUACGAUUCCGACGACUCAGAUGCCGAAAACUUUAACACCAUUGGAAAUAUUCCACUCUCCGCAUACGAGGAGAUGCCUCACAUUGGUUACGACAUCAACGGAAAGCGUAUCAUGCGUCCAGCCAAGGGUAGUGCUUUAGAGCAGCUCUUGGAGCUGAUCGAGUUGCCAGAAGGAUGGACCGGUCUUUUGGACCAGGACACUGGACUGUCGUUGAAGCUUACACCCGAAGAGUUGGAAUUGAUCCGCAAGAUUCAGAACAACGAGAACACUGACGACUCCAUCAACCCAUAUGAGCCUACUAUCGAAUGGUUCACCUCCAAGACAGAGAUCAUGCCGUUGAGUGCAGCACCUGAGCCAAAGCGCCGUUUCAUGCCUUCGAAGCAUGAAGCCAAGAAGAUUAUGAAGAUCGUCAAAGCCAUUCGUGAAGGCAAGAUUGUUCCACCCUCUCAGGUAAAGGAGCAGGCUGAGGAAGAGCAGCACAACUUCGAUCUCUGGAACAACGAUGAUGCAUCUACUGACCACAUCAUGAACCUUCGUGCACCUAAGCUUGCUCCACCAACUAACGAAGAGUCCUACAACCCUCCAGAGGAAUAUUUGUUGACUGAGGAGGAGAAAAAGCAGUGGUUGGAGACCGCGCCCGUGGAUCGUGAGACCAACUUUAUGCCUCAGAAGUAUCUGGCCUUGAGAAAGGUGCCAGGAUACCAAGAGUCUGUUCGUGAACGUUUUGAGAGAUGUUUGGACUUGUACUUGGCUCCUCGUGUGCGUCACAACAAAUUGAACAUCGAUCCCGAAUCCUUGAUUCCAGAAUUACCUUCUCCUAAGGACUUGAGACCAUUCCCUAUCAAGUGCUCCACUGUGUACCAGGGUCACACAGGCAGAAUCCGGACUGUUUCGGUGGAUCCUACCGGAUUGUGGUUGGCUACCGGCUCUGACGAUGGAAGUGUUAGAGUGUGGGAGAUUUUGAGUGGACGUCAAGUUUACAAGCUCCAAGCUAUCGAUGUUGAGGAGAAUCCCGAAGAGCACAUUGAUGCUGUGGAAUGGCACCCAGACUCGACGGUUGCCAUUUUGGCCGUCGCUGCUGCGGAGCGUGUGUUGCUUGUCGUGCCACCUAUCUUUGGCUUUGACAUUGAAAACGCUGCCAGAAACAAGAUUGAGGCUGGUUGGGGUUACGGCACUUUCGGAAAUGUCAGAAAGGAUACCGAAAUCAAUGUCAACUCCGAUGACGAAACAGAGACCACCUCCGCUGACAAGCCAAAGCAGGAUGUGGCUAAAUGGUACACUCCAUCUCCAGAGCAAUCUGUCAGUGGUAUCUCCGCCAUCAUUGAGUGUAAGAAACCUAUCAAGAAACUUUCGUGGCAUAGAAAGGGUGACUACUUUGUCACUGUUUCCCCCGAAAGCAAGAACACCUCAGUGCUCAUUCACCAGUUAUCCAAGCACUUGUCACAAUCGCCCUUCAGAAAGGCCAAGGGAAUUAUCAUGGACGCUAAAUUCCAUCCAUUCAAGCCUCAACUUUUCGUGAGUUCGCAGCGUACCAUUAGAAUCUAUGACUUAGCUCAACAGGUGUUGGUCAAGAAAUUGAUGCCUGGAGCUAGAAUGAUCUCUGGAAUUGAUAUUCACCCUCGUGGAGAUCAUCUUUUGGCAUCUUCCUACGACAAGCGUGUGUUGUGGCAUGAUUUGGACUUGAGUGCCAUGCCUUACAAGACGUUGAGAUACCACGAGAAGGCAGUCAGAUCCAUUCAGUUCCACAAGGGCAACUUGCCCCUCUUCGCUUCUGCAUCGGAUGACGGAUCCAUUCACGUCUUCCACGGUACCGUUUACGACGACUUUAUGACCAACCCAUUGUUGGUGCCUUUGAAGAAGUUGACUGGACACAAGGUUGUGUCGAGCAUUGGUGUGUUGGACUUGGUAUGGCAUCCUAAGGAGGCAUGGUUGUUCAGUGCUGGAGCAGACGGCACGGCUCGUCUCUGGACCACUUAA